GGUGGUAGUUGUAUGUAACAACUUUCAACUUUUCUUGUCGUCAUGUCCAACAACAAUGCCAGCAACAACUUAAUUGUCGCUCAGAGGGCCGUGAAGCAGCUCCGGUUAGAGGCCAGUAUCCGAAGAAUCAAGGUGUCCCAGGCUGCUGCUGAGCUGAGGAACUUCUGUCUGCAAAAUGCAUCCAAGGACCCUCUCUUGGUCGGGGUCCCCUCCAGUGAUAAUCCUUUCAGACCCCCCAAGUCCUGCUCCCUGUUCUGA